AGGCCCGCCGCCGCCGCCGCCGCUCCUUCUGCCAGGCCCUGGCCGGGCCUCUUCAGUAGCCGCUACGGAGGCAGGCGAGAGUAGAGAAAGCCCAACGCGUGGGGACCGUGCCUGUCUUCUCCUUCGCUGCGGAACGGCCCCCAUGUCAAGAGCGGCGGCGGCGGCGGCGGCGGCGGCUGGGCUCUGAGCGGCGGCGGCUCGUCCUACUCAUUCAACUUUUCCCGUCUUUCGCUGCUGGGGGCGCGCAGCCGCCGACGCGACUCCGCGGCUGCGAGGGAAGAGAGGCCGCGGCCUGCAGGCGCAGCUCUCGAGGGAAGGGGUGGCAGGGGUUGCAGGUCCGUGAGGCGCAGGAUGUCACGCCAGACCGUCACGGUCCGGGCUUCCCGGCGGCCCCAGUAAAGCCCGGGCGGAAGAGACUCUUAUGAGGCCUCUCCGUGGCCCAGGGGGUGCCUCCGCCGGGCCCUCCUUCCCCUGAGCGGUGGGGGAGACCCCGAAAAACAGACUGGCGAGAAAAGCCCGGCGCUGCCUCCCGGCUUUCGGAGCGGCCUGCGCGGACUGUCCCAGCCCUCGGUCCCGCCGGCCCCUAGACACGGAUCCAGCCCGCAUACACCUCGUUGGAAGUGAUGUCUUCUGCCAGCUCCGUGGACAUGAUUGAAACCCCCCCGGUGCUCAACUUCGAAAAAAUUGACUACAAAGAGAUUGAAGUGGAAGAGACAGAUCCAAGAACUGAUGGCGUUAUUUUCACAGGAAUCACAUAGGUUGAUGUAGGCAUCACCCUCAAAUGUAGCAUUUGAUCAGCCAUUUUUCUCACAAAGACCUGAGAUGAAUGUUGUUGGAAGAGGAGCCUUUGGAGUGGUUUGCAAAGCAAAAUGGCGAGGGAAAGAUGUGGCUAUUAAGCAAAUAGAAAGUGAAUCUGAACGAAAAGCCUUCAUAGUAGAGCUUCGACAGUUGUCACGUGUGAACCAUCCUAAUAUUGUCAAGUUAUAUGGCGCUUGUUUGAAUCCAGUGUGUCUUGUUAUGGAAUAUGCUGAAGGAGGUUCUCUCUAUAAUGUCCUACAUGGUGCUGAGCCUCUGCCUUACUACACUGCUGCACACGCAAUGAGUUGGUGUUUACAGUGUUCCCAGGGAGUGGCCUAUCUUCACAGCAUGAAACCAAAGGCUCUCAUUCACAGGGACCUAAAGCCACCCAACUUGCUCUUGGUGGCUGGGGGGACAGUUUUAAAAAUCUGUGAUUUUGGUACAGCCUGUGAUAUUCAGACACACAUGACCAACAAUAAGGGAAGUGCUGCAUGGAUGGCACCAGAAGUUUUUGAAGGUAGCAACUACAGUGAAAAAUGUGAUGUAUUCAGUUGGGGUAUUAUUCUUUGGGAAGUGAUUACCCGUAGAAAACCUUUUGAUGAGAUUGGUGGUCCUGCUUUUCGAAUCAUGUGGGCAGUUCACAAUGGUACUCGACCACCACUGAUAAAAAAUUUACCAAAGCCUAUUGAAAGCUUAAUGACUCGCUGUUGGUCUAAAGAUCCCUCACAACGACCUUCCAUGGAGGAAAUUGUCAAAAUAAUGACACAUUUAAUGCAGUAUUUUCCAAGAGCUGAUGAACCUCUGCAGUAUCCUUGUCAAUAUUCUGAUGAAGGCCAAAGCAAUUCUGCCACUAGUACAGGUUCAUUCAUGGACAUGACUUCCACAAAUACCAGUAACAAAAGUGAUGUCAACAUGGAACCAAAUGACUUUCAAGGAACUGCUACCAAUGACACUAUUAAACGCUUGGAAACAAAACUUGCCCAGCAGAAGAAAAGUGCAGCAAAGCAGCCAGGAGAGCCCGGCCAUUUAAGUCUACCUCCAUCCCGUGGUAGCAGCGUGGAGAGCUUGUCAGAAGUUCGUGGAAGACCACAAUCAACUCUUGUUUCAGGAGAAAGCAAACGAAUGAGUGCUGAUAUGUCUGAAAUUGAAGCAAGAAUUGCUGCUGCUCCAGCCUUUUCCAAACCUAAACCCGGCCAUCGUAAAACUGCUUCAUUUGGCAACAUUCUGGAUGUCCCAGAGAUCAUCAAACCAGCAGGCAACGGACAGCAGAGGCGCAGAUCCAUUCAAGACCUUAGUGUUGCUGGAACAGAAUCCAACCAGGAAAGCAGAAACAGCAGUAGAUCAUCUAGUCCUAGUGUGAGAAUGAUCACUACCUCGGGACCAACCCCUGAAAAACCAGCUCGUAGUCUUCCAUGGACACCUGAUGACUCUACAGAUACUAAUGGGUCUGAUAACUCCAUCCCAAUGGCAUAUCUUACGUUAGAUCACCAGUUGCAGCCUCUGGCACCAUGUCCAAACUCAAAAGAAUCUAUGGCUGUGUUUGAACAGCACUGUAAAAUGGCACAAGAAUAUAUGAAAGUUCAGACAGAAAUUGCGUUGCUGCUUCAGAGAAAGCAAGAACUAAUAGCAGAACUGGACCAGGAUGAAAAAGAUCAGCAAAAUACAUCACGUCUGGUACAAGAGCAUAAAAAGCUUUUAGAUGAAAAUAAAAGUCUUUCCACUUACUACCAGCAAUGCAAAAAACAGUUGGAGGUCAUCCGAAAUCAGCAACAAAAACGUCAAGGGACAUCAUGAUUCACUUGGACUUCAAAUGGACAAUGAUGCACAGAAAAACUUCUUUUUUUAAGUAUCCCAUAAUAUGACAACCUCUGAGUGUUUCCUUAUUGGUGUGUGCUGAAUGUGUAGACAUACCUGCUGCUCUUCCAGCAUCAGUUCAGUAUCCUUUUUAUUUGGGUGAACAUUGAGUUUGAGAAAGGUAAGAGCAGCUACAUGAAUAGUCAGCAGCACUAAACAUAAAGCAAAAUGCAAUGAACUCUGGCUCUUUGCAUGCCCCUUGUGUGAUGGCUACCCUCCCAAAAGCGAUUAAGUGGCUGCUAAAGUAUAAGAUCUUUUGGUGUUAAUGCAAUAGGAGCAGUGUAGACCUUUUUUCCAUUUUUAGAAUGUUUUUAUUCUUCUCUCAUCUUGGACUCGAAGCAAGAAACAGUCAUUUCCCAGGACUCUACCUUGCACCAAGCUCAAGGGUGAUGCUGGCUAAACAGAGCAUUCUUUUGAAUAGUUCCAGCUUUGUAUCAUAUUAAAAAUGGGAAGUCUAAAGUGAUGCCACUGUCACUAGUCAAGUGCUUGUUCACCCUGCAUCUUGAAAUCUUGCAAUCAUAAAAUCUUGUACUUUCUUUAUUUUGAGGGUUGAGGAAUGAAAAGGGUAUGACAGGCAAGUUUAUCAAGGCCAUAUGUGAGAAUUGAGGAUAAAGAUUCAUUAAGCCAAAUGGAUCUGGUUAUGUUAUUUAAUCAAGAGGGGAAUUGGCUCCUCUCCAGCUAAGGGUUGUCACCAUUAUAUCCAUUAUAUCUCCUAACGCCACAGAAAGAAAGCACACCUCCUCUCAAUCUAAUCCCCCUGGUUCUCUGGUGUGCCCACCCUUGAAUGUGCCGUUGUGAGCAAGAUUCCUGGUGUACUACACAGUGUGACAGAGAACAGGAAGAUGAGAGGACCGGGUGGCUGCUAUCUCUUCUGCUGCAACAAGAGACUUGAGGGAAUAUGCUCAGAUCCCAAAGUGGCAAUGUUGUUCCAUCCUUUGGAAGAAAUAUUCAGAACAUUGUAGCUUAUGCCACAGAGGCAUAUAAAAAAGAGGAUAUAUCUUGAACCUCUUCCCACUAAUCCCCCCUUUUUGUUUUAAGAGAGCAAGGGCCACCAUCCAAACAGUGAUUUCAAACAUGAUUAGGGACCCAGUGGUAUUUUAAUUCUAUUUUACCUGUUUAGCGUGCCUCCUUACAUUGGCCCAUUUUGUGACAAUCCAUGGGUUGCUUAAAGCAUGAGGGCUCCAUGAGCAUGAGUACGUGCAUAGUCUCCCACUUGUCACUUCUGCUGUGCAUCUUCAUCUUCUAACAUCCCAGGAUUUCCUUGUUUCUGACUUGUUUAAUGUGACAUUUUAACCUGGAACUUGGGGCUGCCAAAAGACAACAGGCCAGAGUUUCAACCCCACAACAGACUGUGUUUAAACUCCGCAUUGUCGAAGGACAACCCAGAAUUCCAGGUUCAGACAGUCUUGGAUUAUUAGAGAAAGAUGCAAAUCUGAAGUGGCACAUGUGCUCUAGUGUGGCUCCACCAGUUCAUGCGCAAUAACCAAGAUCACUAGCACAGUAGGCUUUUGAACUACUCAGUGUUUCAGAAGUGGUUUUCAUGUAGCAUGUGGAGCUGAUGUUUAAGAAUUACAAAACAAGAUGUCAAAAUGAAAAAGCAACUUACAUAUAGAAUCUGCUUUAAAUCCUUGCUGUCUUUGGGGUCUGCAGCAGAAUGGCUGCAUUCUGCCAGUGUGUAUAUAUAUUGUUGAAUCAGUACUGUCUUUGAACCACAAAAACUAGAAAUUGCUAAUA